UUCGUACCCGUCAACCGUACACAGAACAGAACAGUAGGCCCCUCGCCAUCUUACACUCCGAUCCCUCAAUUGGAAGUCCUUUGUUUUGGUGGAACCCUAGAGACUUCUUCUACUUGCAAAUGCACUUUGUUUAUCUGCUGGUUUUUGGCUUCCGAGACAGAGAGUUGAAUGAUGCAGUUAGAUGAGAAAUCAGUGAAGGUUGAUUUGGGAAUGGAAUUGAAGGAAGUGAAAGGUCAAGAAAUUGUAAAUGGUGAGGUUGGUUUAGAGAGAGGAUCAGAAGGCUGUAGAAAUAAAUGCAAAGAAUUGGAAGAGAGGAGUAGCAUGGCUGAAGAGAGGUGUGUGUUGUUGGAAUUGCUGAUUGAGAAGAAGAAGAGUGAGUUUGAAUUGCUCGAGGGUAAGCUUGGUGCAUUGGAAGUCGAAAGGGUCGGGAUUGAAGAUGAGGUUAAGCUUUUGAAGAGAAGAAAUGUUGAACUUGAAAAGCAAAUCACUCAGAUUGAAAAUGAAAACAAGGCUGAUAUAGGCAAAGGGACAGGAAAGGUUGUAGAUUUAACAGAGGAGAAAGAUGAGGAAGAUAAGGUCAUUCAGUUGAUGAUUGAAAACAAGGUUUUGGAGUGUGAGAAGAAAAGAGCCGAAAGUGAGGUUGAGGUUUGGAAGUUGAAGUAUAAAAAAUUGGAGUGGCGAGUGUCAGCACUGGAGAAGGGUAUUUUGGACUUCAAAGGAGGGCGAAGUCCAUUGGCUGGAAUGAUGAAAUCCCGAUCGGAAAUGCAUAAAAAGCAGACAAGUAAAGAAGGCGAAUUAAAAGAUGGAUUGGAUGUAGCAAAUAGCUCAGAACAUUUGGAAGCAGAAACCGCAAUUGUGGAUAACAAUGAAACCAUAAAAGCUGCAACUGGUUCACCUUCGAUUGAUAUGCCAAGUAAGCUGACCACACAAAUUGAGGGAAGCAAAACAGGUUUCCUUUCUGAACCUGAAAUGGACCAUGGCAGCCAAGUGAGAAAACGAUUGGCAUUCAGUGAAGAAAGCAGUCUCAGCAAGAAGAUGGCUCCUUCGACGCCAGGUAGUGCAAGAGCUUCUUUUGGCAUCAUUGAUAUCAGUGACAGUGAAGAUGAACUAGCUAAUGCAAAUGUUAAUAUGCCUCAUUUUGAGAGUCAAGUAAAUAGAACAGUUCCUGUUUCAACUGAUCAUUCAUCAUGGAAUGCUAUGGGUAAUGAAAACAAGAAGACUUCUGAUGAUAAUUUAAAGAGGACUCUCGCAGACCAGACUGAUGAGGAGGAUAUGGAUGGUUAUAAGGGGAAGUAA